UAUCUGUUUAUCCCAACACUUGCAGACAAAAGCAAAGCAUGGCAUUGAAAUGCGAACUUCUCACUCGGACUUUGGAUUAAAUUUUAAAUUUUCCCAAAGAUAAAAAAAGGGGCUGAAUGCCUUCCACUUUGUUAGCUAAGCCCAACAUCAACAACUUGUUAUCUUCAACAGCCAUGGCAUUGUGCUCAGCUUUCUGCCCUCGUAUUUCCGCCAACUUCCGACCCAAACCCUUCUCUUCUUCUCCUUCAAAGCCUCUGCUUUCUCUUUCUUUCAAGGUUUUUUCUUCUCAGGCCACUGAUGCUUCAUCCCAAGAUAAAUUUUCAGGCAGAGUUGGUUUUCUGGGUCUUGGAAUUAUGGGAUCGCCAAUGGCACAGAAUCUCAUAAAAGCUGGAUGUGAUGUGAUAGUAUGGAAUAGAACGAAGAGCAAAUGUGAUCCUCUCAUCAGCCUUGGUGCAAAGUAUAGUUCCUCUCCUGAGGAAGUAGCUGCAAACUGUGAUGUCACUUUUGCCAUGCUUGCCGAUCCUGAAAGUGCAAUUGAUGUUGCCUGUGGAAAGAACGGAGCUGUGAGCGGAAUGGGUCCAGGAAAAGGCUAUGUAGACAUUUCAACGGUUGAUGUUGCCACUUCUAAAUUGAUCAAUGAACAUAUCAAAGCAAGGGGGGCAUUAUUUUUGGAGGCUCCAGUUUCAGGUUCAAAAAAGCCAGCGGAAGAUGGACAACUGAUAUUCCUUACUGCAGGUGACAGAUCUUUAUAUGAGUUAGUUUCUCCACUGUUGGAUAUAUUGGGCAAGUCAAGAUUUUACCUUGGGGAGGUCGGAAAUGGAGCUGCUAUGAAACUUGUUGUUAACAUGAUCAUGGGAAGUAUGAUGGCAUCGUUUUCCGAAGGAAUACUUCUUAGCAAGAAAGUAGGACUCGACCCAAGUGUUCUAGUUGAGGUGGUUUCGCAGGGUGCAAUUAGUGCACCAAUGUACUCGCUUAAAGGUCCAUCAAUGGUUAAAUCCCAAUAUCCCACAGCCUUUCCCUUAAAGCAUCAACAGAAGGACCUUAGACUUGCAUUGGGAUUGGCAGAAUCUGUUUCUCAGUCCACUCCAAUUGCAGCUGCUGCAAAUGAACUGUACAAGGUUGCAAAAUCAUAUGGCCUCAGUGAUGAAGAUUUUUCAGCAGUUAUUGAAGCAUUAAAAGCUAAAUCUCAGGACACUGCCUGACCGUAUGUUUUUUGUUUGUCAUUCUUGGGGUACAAAGCUGAUUUAGACAUGCUUUUUCAUGUAUCCACCUAUUGAUGAACUCGUGUCCAAGAUUCUUACCCUAUAUAGUUGAUUUUAAAAUAAAACUUUUUUGCAUUUGCUGGAA